GCACUGUCACUGUCGCCGCAGCUGGACUUGACUGCGGUGACUCGGACAGUGCCAGUGCCAGUGGGAGUGCCAGUAGUGCACUGCAGUAAAUCCAGAGUCCCCUACUACUAUGUACAUUAUUACUGUCACUAGUAGCAUACAGAAACUAAACUACGCUACCACCACUUUUCUUCGUGUCCACCCCCAAAACUAAACUUACCACUUCCUACAAAUAAUGGCUACUUCCGACCUCAGACUGCUGUGCACGUCAAACCUCUUCCCUCAGCCCCGUUCUGCACGGGACUGAAGGCCUCAACGUUAACCUGCGAUCCUCUCACGCAAAAUCCCUUUUGCAAACACACCGACAUCAUGGGUUGUCUUUGAUCCUUCAGGCUUCUCCUUGAGACGACCGACCAACCUUGCCCGCCUGCUCCGGAACAGCUCGACAGUGUUCCCUUGCGCCCUUGACCCUCUCUCACAAUCCAUUCAUUUUCGUUCAUACUCGCGACAGCAUAAUAGAAGAAGCGGACAACUUUCACUUCUGUCUCCCAAUUCUGUGCCCGCUACCGCGGUGCGGCCCAACUUACAGGAUGGCGAAAGAGUUGUCCAUGACCUCUCGUGUUGGGUCUGAUAAUCAGCGCUACGGUCCUAAAGGCGAGAGACUAGUCGCCGGCGUGGUCCCUCUGUCUUCUGACAAAACCCAAGUUCUUCUUAUUCAGUCUACUCAUCGCAACGGUUGGGUGCUUCCGAAAGGCGGUUGGGAACUGGACGAAGCGACAGCGUCAGCAGCUGCUUGUCGUGAGGCAUGGGAGGAAGCCGGCAUUAUCUGCAAGGUGGAGAAAGAUCUCGGCCACAUCCCUGACACGAGACCAACUACUGCCGUCACCAAGCAUGCUCCCAAAGCCAGCUACCACUUUUUUGAAGCCACUGUCAUGGAGGAGAGGUCGGACUGGCCGGAGAAACAUAAACGAACAAGACAGUGGUACGCUUACGCUCAAGCUGCCCAGCUUUUACAUUCGCGCCCUGAAUUACUGGAGGCUCUCAAGCGGAGUUCCCUCAAAAAAUGAAAGCAUACACAAGGCGUACGGAAUGCACGGUGGAUGGAGGCAUGGAUGAUUGUUUUCGGACGGCUUACGUCCAGAGUGCGUGACUCUCACAUGCAACUUCAUAGACUGCCAGUCGCAGAAGGCCAUGGGCCUAUGGGUGUCAAUCAUGGCUGAUCGCUCCAGAACAGGAGCCUUACACCGCGACAUAGAAAAUUCAAUUAAGCGAAGAGUUCAUUCUGUACCAUAGGCUCUGUCUCAUGUAUUCCGCUUUCUUAAGUACUUGACCACUGUCAGCCCCACAACAGAUUACAGCCCAGGUUGCAUAGGUACUCUCAGUGGAAUGGUCGCAUGCGAGACUCCCGAGGUCGCAGACACAGACGUGCUCCAGAAGAUCAUGCUCAUCGAGAU